CCCUCUAGUCCCGCCGCGCGCUCGCGGACAGUCCGCGCGCGGGCCGGGCCGGCGCCCCGUCUGCUUCGCUCGUUCGCGUCGCCCCGAGCCCCGGGGGAUGCCCCCGGCCGGCACCCCCCAUGGCCGCCGACGUCUUCAUGUGUUCCCCGCGCCGGCCCCGCAGUCGGGGCCGCCCGGUGCUGCUCAAGCCUCAGGUGCCUGAGGACGACGACGACUCGGACACGGAUGAGCCGUCCCCGCCGCCCGCCUGCGCUUCGGCCACCCCGGCCCGGGCCCACGCGAGCGCCGCGCCGCCGCCGCCCAGGGCCGGGCCUGGCCGCGAGGAGCCUCCGCGCCGCCAGCAGAUCAUCCACAGCGGCCACUUCAUGGUGUCGUCGCCGCACCGCGAGCACCCGCCCAAGAAGGGCUACGAUUUCGACACGGUCAACAAGCAGACGUGCCAGACCUACAGCUUCGGCAAGACCAGCUCCUGCCACCUGUCCAUCGACGCCUCGCUCACCAAACUCUUCGAGUGCAUGACUCUGGCCUACAGUGGGAAGUUGGUGUCUCCAAAGUGGAAGAAUUUCAAGGGCCUGAAGCUGCAGUGGAGAGACAAGAUACGGCUCAAUAAUGCCAUCUGGCGGGCGUGGUACAUGCAGUAUUUGGAGAAGCGCAAGAAUCCCGUGUGCCACUUCGUCACUCCACUAGAUGGCUCUGUUGAAGUGGAUGAGCAUCGCAGGCCAGAGGCCAUCACCACAGAAGGGAAGUACUGGAAGAGCCGCAUUGAGAUCGUGAUCCGGGAAUAUCACAAGUGGAGAACCUACUUCAAGAAAAGGCUGCAGCAGCACAAGGAUGAGGACCUGUCCAGCCUGGCCCGGGAUGAUGACAUGCUUUAUUGGCACAAACGUGGGGACGGAUGGAAGACCCCGGUGCCCAUGGAGGAGGACCCACUGCUGGACACAGACAUGCUCAUGUCAGAAUUCAGCGACACCCUCUUCUCCACACUUUCCUCUCACCAGCCGGUGGCCUGGCCCAAUCCCCGGGAAAUAGCACAUCUGGGGAAUGCCGACAUGAUCCAGCCGGGGCUCAUCCCCCUGCAGCCCAACCUGGACUUCAUGGACACAUUUGAACCUUUCCAGGACCUCUUCUCUUCCAGCCGCUCCAUUUUUGGUUCCGUGCUGCCUGCUCCUGUCUCGGCACCUGCACCAGAUCCCAACAGCCCACCUGCUCAGGAGAGCAUCCUGCCAGCCCCUGCUCUCCCCACCGUGAACCUCCCUGAUGGCCUCAUUUCGCCUCCUGCGGCCACCACCCUAGAUCCUACGGACAGGCCGGGAUGCGAUCGAGCUCCCCGACCUGGAGACCCCUUUAUCCAGCCUACAGACUUCGGUCCCUCUGCACAGCCUCUGAGUGUCCCCCAGCCUUUCCUCCCGGUGUUCACCAUGCCCUUGCUGUCUCCCAGCCCUGCCCCGGCGCCUGCUUCCCCUGCUCUGCCGUUAGCCCCACCCCCGGCCACUGCCUUGAGCCCCCUGGCUCCACCCGCCUUCCUACAGCCGAAGUUUGCUGGAGCCAGCAAGUCACCCUCCGUCAUCACGCACACGGCCUCCGCCACCCUCACCCACGAUGCAUCUGCCACCACCUUCAGUCAGAGCCAGGGCCUUGUCAUCACAACCCACCAUCCCACCCCCUCGGUGUCACCCUGUGGCCUGGCACUGCCUCCAGUCACCCGGCCUCCAACCGCUGGGCCGUCUCAACCGUGUUUAACUUUUGUGCAACCCAAACCGGUCUCCUUGACUGGGGGGAGGCCCAAGCAGCCCCCCAAAAUAGUGCCUGCUCCCAAACCUGAGCCCGUGUCCUUGGUAUUGAAGAAUGCUUGCAUCGCCUCAGCUGCCUUUUCAGGACAACCUCAAGCAGUGAUUAUGACAUCAGGCCCUCUGAAGAGAGAAGGGAUGUUGGCUUCUACUGUGUCGCAGUCCAAUGUGGUCCUCACGCCUGCCUCCAUCGCCCGGGCUCCUGGAGUCACGGAGUUCCACAGUGGCAUCCUGGUGACAGACCUUGGCCAUCCCACGAGCAGCCAGCCAGCCCCUGUCUCUCGGCUCUUCUCUCCAGGCACAGUGCAAGAGUCCCUGGUGAAGGGCGAGCAGGCCUCUGCCACGGGUUCCAGUCGAGAUUGCCCAAACUCAGGGCAGGCCUCUCCAUGUGCUUCAGAGCAGAGCCCCAGUCCCCAGUCUCCCCAGAACAACUGCUCAGGGAAAUCUGCAGACCCCAAAAAUGUGGCUGCUUUAAAGCAGAACCGGCAGAUGAAGCAUAUUUCAGCUGAGCAGAAAAGGCGCUUCAACAUCAAGAUGGGCUUUGACACCCUUAACAGUUUGAUCUCUAAUAAUUCCAAGCUGACCAGCCACGCCGUCACGCUGCAGAAGACCGUGGAGUACAUCACCAAGCUGCAGCAGGAGCGGAGCCAGAUGCAGGAGGAAGCCCGGCGGCUGCGGGAGGAAAUCGAGGAGCUCAACACCACCAUCAUCUCCUGCCAGCAGCUGCUCCCCGCCACGGGAGUCCCUGUCACCCGGCGCCAGUUCGAUCACAUGAGAGACAUGUUUGACGAGUAUGUGAAAAGCCGGACCCUGCAGAAUUGGAAGUUCUGGAUUUUCAGUAUCAUCAUCAAGCCGCUGUUUGAGUCCUUCAAGGGGAUGGUGUCCACCAGCAGCCUGGAAGAACUGCACCGGACGGCACUGUCCUGGCUGGACCAGCACUGCUCCCUGCCCGUCCUCAGGCCAACGGUGCUGAACACCCUCCGGCACCUGAGCACCACCACCUCCAUUCUGACAGACCCGUCCCAGCUGCCGGAGCAGGCGGCAGAGGCUGUCACCAGAAUUGGCAAGAGAUCGGGGGAGUCUUAGCGCCUAGCAGGCACGUGGCCGCGCAAGAUGCCUCGAGGCUCUUCCCUGCCUGCGGAGAGGAUGCUGCGCCCCAUGCCUCUCCUGAUGCGGAGCUCAGGGCCCCCCUCCAACUCCGCUGGCCCACCGGGCCGCUCAGAACACUGUGCUCAGGUCUGAAGCAGGUUCGGGUCCUGCCAACAGCAAUAGCCCAUCUUUGGGAACCCCUUGCUGUGAACUCUCACUCAGCGACCUCAGUCGUGACCUCCCCUGCCCUCGGGCAACCCAGACAGAGUCCUGUCCUGCUGGCGGCCUGCCAGGCCCAUGGUGCCGGUGCAGGGAGUAGAUGGGACAGAAGGGGCAGGGCCUGCUCCUGUGAGCUAUAAGAGGCAUAUGGUUCCUUUCCGGUUCUGUCCUCAGACUGAGAGAUACUCGCUCCUGUCACCCCUGGGUACUCGGACGGCUCCGAGUGACUCCUGUGCCACUCUGACAUGCCCACGGGGCAGGUGGAAGGCGUCUCUCUCCCUCCCUCAGACUCUGACCUUGUAAGUAGGUUUGGACGGCUGCUCAGGCUUGCGCACGGUAGGCCGCCUCCCACCGCACGAGCCACCAGGGAACCUCAGAACCCGUGUGCACAAGUGGUGGGUGUGAAUGCACGCGGGACAAGAAGGAAAGCACGAGCAAUGCAAAGCUGCCGCC